AUGUGCCACCAGAAUAGCAAGUGGACAGAAACGUUGCCAAUCGUACUCCUCGGAAUGAGAACCGCCUUCAAGGACGACCUGCAAGCAUCCGUCGCAGAAGCAACUUACGGAACGACCCUACGAUUACCCGGAGAAUUCUUCACCGAAACUCCAAGCAACCAGUCAACACCAGAUUUCGUCAUCGAACUGAAAAAGCAAAUGAAAAAACUUCGACCAACUCCAACAACUAACCAUUCUAAGUCAACCACCUUCAUCCAGAAAGAACUAAGCAACUGCAGUCAUGUAUUCGUGAAGAUCGGAUCAAUCAAGCCACCUUUAACACAACCGUACAACGGACCGUUCCGAAUACUUCGACGGAAAAAGAAAGUUUUCAUCAUCGACAUCAACGGAAAGAAAUCUCCAAUAUCCAUCGAUCGACUGAAAACCGCCUUCAUCGAAGCAGAAGAACCACCGCGAAAACAACCGCAGAUCUCAGACGGCAACGAAACACCUGCAUUUCGAACCCGGUCUGGUCGUCACGUGAAAAUUCUCCGCAGAUAUUGGAACAACUAA